GUUUCUCGAGUUAAUGGUGUCUACCCGUUUUUGACAAGGGUACGAUCCUGAGUCUUUCAACCCUUUCAACGCCCAAUAGUCUCAGAGACUAUAGAUUUAAACACACCGAGACACACAACACUAGCACAUAGUAAUGGCGGGACUCUUAGCAUGGGCUGCCGAUGUUGUCGGAGGAAACGAAACGGGAACCGACAAUUCUGAUGAUCCAACUUCAAUUCCCCUAAUUCUAACACCACAACAACAACAAUACUUAGAUGAAUUGAAUCGUAAAGCAUCUUCUCUUACUCGUUCGAUCCAAGAUCUACGUCUCAGAAUCCCACCCUCUGACAUUUCUCAACGUCUUCCUCAUCUUCAUGCUCAUUCUCUAGCUUCUAAUGCUGCUCUUACUCUUCAAUUAAACUCUCAUUCUUCCACUCGUGAGCAGGCACAACAAAGGGAGGCUCAAUUAAUCGAAGAAAAUGCAGCUUAUGAAAAAGAGAUCACGAAUUGCCAAGCUAAGAUCCAAGAGAAGGUCCAUGAAGCAGAGCAGUUGCAGCAAAGAUUGAAGGAGAUAGAGUUGAUUGAGAAAGAAAUGAGAACAGAGCUCCAGAAUGUUCAAUCAGCUUCGAGUAGCGUUCAGUCUGAGAUUCCUGUGGACGAACAUGAAAAAAAAGUGGACGCUGAAGCGGGAGAGGAUGCUGCCCGAUCUGCUCUAGUGGAGAAGUUGGAGAACAAAAAGACAGAAUCGCGAUCAAUGGAAGAGAAGAUUCAAAUAUUGGAAAAGAAGUGGGCAGAGGUUCAAGAAAAGGCUCUGAAGCUGCCUUCCCCAGCCCAACGAGAAAAGGCAUUGGAUAAGCAGCUUCACAGUUUAAUAGAGCAACUGGCUGCAAAGCAGGCUCAAGCAGAAGCACUUGUCAAUGAAAUCCAUGUCAAAGAAAAGGAGCUAGAAAGACUAAAUGCAUUGUGGAGAAGAGUGGACAAUAGCAACAAAGAAGCUACCUCAGCUAGGAAUCGGUUUGGAAGAAGUGGCUCGAGUGCCAGGUUUGACACCGACAGUGACCUCAAUGGUCCUAACAACCUCCCAUAUCACUAUGGUGGUCGUUCUGAAUAUCGACAAAGGCUUAGGCUUUUAAGGUUAUCUUUCAUGCUUUAUAUCUUUUUGUUGCACAUAAUAGUCUUCAUCAGGAUUUCAUUCAUUUGAGUGCUUUUUGUAGUCGAGAUUUAGUAUAAAAUGAAAUUGAACUAUGUGCAUAUAAUACUACCUUAUACUUAUCUGUACUAUCACCCAGUGUAACAUAAUUUGCCAAUUAAUUUUUUUUU